AAGUGCAGGAGUAGCUGGAGUUAAUUUGGUAUUCUUUUUGUUGGAUUUACAAGUGAUGAGUUUGAAAGAACAUCAUUCUUCAGGGGAAUCAUAAUACAGAAUGGUGAAUGAAGAAUUGAAGAAGAGUCCCAAAAAUCCAAAAGCCGUUAAUGGAGAAAACCGCGAGGGGUUGUUCAGCCCAAGAUUCAAAUCAGUGGCUGCAAUGGCGGGUUGGGACGAAGAAGCUCUUUUGAUAGCCAGUUUUGUUGUCGAAGAAACUCCUGAUCGCCAGCAUAAACAAAAGAAACUUACUGGUUUGCAGCAUUUUGUGACUCCGCCUACGAAUUCCAGAAGGAAACGAAGGGCUCAGAAGAGAAGCCCGGCUUCCAUACGUGUUGCUGUUAUUGAUCUUGAUGAUGAUGACACUGCAAAAACAGAAAAUGAGAAAAAGAAGCUAGAGCAAAAAUUCACUGGAAAAGGAGAUAAGGAAGGAGUUGAAGCAUCAGAAGAACACGGCUCUUGUGUUUCCUCUUCUGGUUCAGCCAUUCUGUGUACCGAUCGACUUCGUGAAGAACUUUCUUGUGCUAUCUGUUUGGAGAUAUGUUUUGAACCGAGUACCACUCCUUGUGGACACAGUUUCUGUAGAAAGUGUUUGCAAUCUGCUGCAGACAAAUGUGGGACGCGUUGCCCCAAGUGCAGACAACUUAUCAGCAAUGGAAGAUCUUGUACUGUAAACACAGUCCUUUGGAAUACAAUUCAACUACUAUUUCCUAAAGAAGUAGAAGCAAGAAAAGCAGCUGGAGCCUUAAAUAGUAGAGAAGUUCAGCAUCAAAAUCCAGCAAGAAUUGUUGCCAGUCAUUCUAAUGUUUCAAGAAGCAGAACAGAUAGGGCCCUAGCAUCAUUACAUAAUCCAGAUUCUGGAUCUCGAAAUCCACAGCAAACGAACUUUCACUCUAUUUCAAGAAGAAGAAUAGAUAGGAUCCUAGCGUUACAUAGUCCAGAUUCUGGAUCUCAAAAUGCACAACAAAGGAACUCUCACUCUAUGAGAAGACAAAAUGUGAGGCCUUCUGGGACGUCAAGCAGAAAUGGAGACAUUAGCACAAGUACAAGGAGAGAAUCACCACCAAGACAAGAUGAGGAUGCUGCAUUGGCACUGCAACUGCAUAGAGAGGAGCACAAGGAGACAUUUAGGACAAGGCGCUCUGACGAGCAGUAUAAAAAUGCUCUUGCUCUAGCCAGAGCAAAUUUGAGGGCCAUGGCAUCAACAGCUAUUAACAACAUUCGUGUUAGAGGGCGAGGAACAUAGAGUUAGAUUUCCUAAUGUGGAGCCACUAAUGAACGAACUUUUUUACUCUUUAAAUUAGUUUC